CAUAAGAAACUUUUAAAGAAAAACUUUUAUUUUCGAUGAAUCCCUUUUAUUUACUUUAAUUUUAUGAAACAUCGUAAUUCGUUGAUCGUAGCGACGAAAGAAAUAAAAAAAAAAAAAAAAGAGAGAAAAAAAAUAUAUACAAGAUGAUACAAAUAUUGACGUUAUGAUAUCUCAAGUUGAAGAACCUUGAGGAUCGACGUAUUAGGGCAAAGCAAGAUGUUAUAUAUCUCCGGUUGAGUAUGGGGAGACAAGAAAAGAAAAGAAAAGAAAAGAAAAGAAAAAAAAAAGAAAAAGAAGAAAAAUAACUUAUCGCUAUCGUUUCAAACUUCGAAGCCGGAUUUCAAAGUAAAAGUAAAAAUAAAGAAAGAAAAAGAAGAAUACUUGUAUAUUGUUCGAGUCCUUGAUAUCGGACUCCAUCGUACCGACCAGUUUCUUCUUUGCUCUUCUUCUCUUUUACGUCUUUUAUAUUCUUCCAUGUAUCCUUUUCUUUUUUUUUUUGUUUUUUCCUUUUCUCUUCAAUUUUUUUCCCUUUUCCUUUCGAUAUUAUUUCGCAUCGUACAUAAGAAUUUUUAUGCGCGUAUAAAGAAUCAAUGUCAAAAGGAAAUAUUUAUAUAAAAAAAUAAAAAAAAAAAAAAAAAGAAAAAGAAAAAAGAAAAAAGCAACGCAAAAGUGAAUAUUUGUUACAGGGGUGUGGUAUUUCGUUUAUUAGCUUUUGCCUGCAUAUAUAAAUUCUUUCGGCGAGUUGCACCUUUCAUUAAUAUAGUUUUUGACGUUGAAGACUCGUUGUAUGUACUAUACAUAUACGAUCGAAUCAGAAUGACGAGAGGGAUAUUAUUAGUAAGUUAAGAAAAUUUUUUCUUGAAAAUUUUCUAAUUCUAAUAUAUAUCUAUAUAUAGAAUUUCUAUUAUAUUUCUUCUAAUAUAUAUAUAUAUAUUUCUUUUUUUCAGUUAUCAUGUUUAUUUUAUUGUUUGAUAUUAAAGAGUUCUGGUAGUCCAAUAAUGAACGUACUUCUUGGCUAUCAGGAUAGUUUAGGUCGUUAUAGCUUUGGUUAUAGUACACUUGACUCGGCGAGAUCAGAGAUCAAAACUUUAAAUGGUGUAAUACAUGGUGCAUAUAGUUACGUCGAUGACAACGGUGUAAUACAAAGUACCCAGUACAUUGCCGACGACGAUGGUUUUCGUGUCGUAGCUACAAAUCUUCCACAGUUACAGACAAUUCCAAAUGAAGAUACAGCUGAGGUAUCGACUGUUGCUCGUAAAGCUCAUUUGGAAGAUUUUCUAAUCGACGAAAAAAUGCCGAAAGAGAUUGAAAACGAGAAGGAACGUACGAACGUAUCGGAACCAAAGAAAACCGUAGAGAUUGCGUCGUCGAUCAAUGACAAAUCUAGUGGAUCUAUUGCGAUCGAUCAACUUCCUGUUCCCGUAUUUGGAAUCUCUUAUGGCGAUCAAGUGCUCGUGCCAAUGGGAAAAAACUAGUCGGAUUGACGAGGUUACGUCGCAUUAUACUUUUUUUUCUUUAGUUUUUAAUCAUUACAACACAUCAUUUUUCUACGUAUUAUCAUAAAUUCUCCGAAUGGAAUAGAUUUGAUUAACAUACGAGAUAAUCAAUUGGACCUUGGCGUGUCGUCGAAAUGACCGACUUCGGUCAAGGAUUGAUAUCAAGGAUAAGAGACAACGAAAAAAAAAUUACGAAGAAAGAAAAAUGAGUGAAGAACAGAAAUAAUACAAACAUACGUACCUUCACUUCGUCGGUUCACUUUCGAUGCUCGUUUCAAGAUCAUUCCGGAUGAAAAUUCCGGGUGCGAUGAUCGUUCAAGGUCAUCCAGCGCAUAAUUCUUCGCUUAACGUUUAACUCACUUCUAUUCGGACGCGUUCUUUUCUUUUUUCUUUUUAUUUAAGAAGCGCUCGAAUUUAUUAUUUCUAUUAUUAUUAUUAUUAUUAUUAUUAU